AUGAAGAGCCACCUCCUCUAAUGCUCCAAAAAACAAUUGUGUACAUGUGAGAGAAGAAGAGGCCCCCAAGAGAGAGAGAGAGAAGAAGUCUGCUCAGUCAGAGAGAGAGAGAUCCUUCUCAAGGUAAUAGAUGGACAUGAAGGAUGAUGAUGGCCGACAGAGAACAGGGACAGUGUGGACUGCAACAACACAUGCCAUAACAGCAGUGGUAGGAUCAGGUGUACUAGCAUUGCCAUGGAGUGUUGCACAGAUGGGAUGGAUUUUUGGGCCACUCGCUCUCAUCAUCUUUGCAGUCAUUACCUAUUACACUGCCCUUCUUCUUUGCGACUGCUACAGAUCUCCGGACCCAGUGACCGGCAGGAGAAACUACACAUACGUCGGUGUUGUAAGAGCAUGUUUAGGGAAGAAAGAAUUGGUUAUAUGUGGUAUAAUACAAUACAUAAUGCUUUGGGGAACUAUAGUUGGGUAUGUUAUCACAGCUGCAACAAGCAUGAUGGCUGUGAAAAGAUCAAAUUGUCUCCAUUACAAGGGUCAUGAUGCACGCUGUGGAACAUCAGGGACUUUAUAUAUGUUAAUUUUUGGAGGAAUUGAAAUUAUAUUGUCUCAAUUCCCAAACUUGGAGAAAGUAACACUACUUUCUGUAAUGGCAGCUAUAAUGUCAUUCACCUACUUAUUCAUCUCUUUGUACCUAUGCAUCCAAAAUUUUGCUUCUCAUCACAAGUUUAAAGGGACUUUAACUGGAGUUAAAGCAGGGGUGAAUGGUAUCUCUCAAUCAACAAAAGUUUGGCGUUCCUUCCAAGCUCUUGGAAAUAUUGCCUUUGCCUAUACUUUUGCUAUGCUUUUGGUUGAAAUCCAGGACACCCUAAAAUCUCCUCCGGCGGAGAACAAAACGAUGAAGAAAGCAAGUCUGUAUGGUCUCGCAGUGACAACAUCACUCUAUGUAUCACUUGGUUGCGUGGGAUACCUGGCCUUUGGAAACAAUGCUCCCGGAAAUGUUCUCACCGGAUUCUAUGAACCAUUCUGGCUAGUCGACAUUGCGAACCUUGCUGUUCUUAUUCAUUUAAUUGGAGCUUUUCAGGUGUAUGCACAACCUAUUUUUUCAUCCUAUGAGAAAUGGCUGGCUUCAAAAUGUCCUUCAACAGUUUUCUUUAACAAAGUUUACACAGUGAGGUUACCCUUCACUGAAGCCUGCUUUCGAUUCACAAUCUGCAAGCUUGUUCUGAGAACAUUAUUCUGCAUCUUUACGACAUUAGUCGCGAUGAUGUUGCCAUUCUUCAAUGCAAUUCUGGGUUUGUUAGGUUCAAUUGCCUUUUGGCCAUUAACAGUGUACUUCCCUGUGACCAUGUACAUAUCACAAGCAAAGAUCAAGACAGGAAGCUUCAAAUGGCUUGGUUUACAAAGCUUGAGCCUGAUUUCAUUACUUGUUUCACUUGUAUCUGCACUAGGUUCUGUUGCUGAUAUAAUUGAUCGCCUCAAGCAUGCUAAAAUCUUUAGUGUCACAUUCUAAGGUGCUCUCUUUCAGUCCUGGAUUAACUUUGGGAGUUUGAAAAUUAAUUAGAAUAAAAAGGUUGGAAGGUAAUAAGAUUAUGUGUUAUUGAAAUAUUGUAGCUUGGUUAGAUAUCACAUUGAGUUCAUUAAUUUUGAGUAUUUUGAAUUUUCAUACUAUUA